CCAGGCCUGUCCGGGAACCCCACGGACCUGGAGAAGAGGCGGCAGGGCUUCGGACAGAAUUUCAUUCCUCCCAAAAAGGCCAAGACGUUCCUGCAGUUAGUGUGGGAGGCACUCCAGGACGUCACCCUCAUCAUCUUGGAAAUUGCAGCCAUAAUCUCCCUGGGCCUGUCCUUCUACCACCCCCCGGGUGGGGACAAUGAACUGUGUGGCCAGUCGAAGGGCGGCGUGGAGGACGAGGGCGAGUCGCAGGCUGGCUGGAUCGAGGGGGCGGCUAUCUUGUUUUCGGUGAUCAUCGUGGUGCUGGUGACGGCUUUCAAUGACUGGAGCAAAGAGAAGCAAUUCCGAGGGCUCCAGAGCCGCAUCGAGCAGGAGCAGAAGUUCACGGUCAUCCGCAAAGGGCAGGUGAUCCAGAUCCCGGUGGCCGAGAUCGUGGUGGGAGACAUCGCGCAGAUCAAGUACGGUGAUCUCUUGCCAGCAGAUGGGAUCCUGAUCCAGGGCAAUGACCUGAAAAUAGAUGAGAGCUCUCUGACCGGGGAGUCAGACCAAGUGAAGAAAUCGCUGGACAAAGACCCCAUGCUGCUGUCGGGUACCCAUGUGAUGGAGGGCUCCGGCAGGAUGGUGGUGACCGCCGUGGGUAUCAACUCCCAGACGGGAAUCAUCUUCACUCUCCUGGGUGCAGGAGAAGGAGACGAGGAAAAGAAGGUGAAGAAAGGUAAAAAAACCGGAGCCCCUGAAAAUCGCAACAAAGCUAAAACUCAGGAUGGUGUGGCCUUAGAGAUCCAACCCCUGAAGAGCCAGGAAGGGGUGGAAAACGAGGAGAAGGAGAAGAAGAAGGUGAAGGUGCCCAAGAAGGAGAAGUCCGUGCUGCAAGGGAAGCUCACGCGCCUGGCGGUCCAGAUCGGGAAGGCGGGGCUGAUCAUGUCGGCCAUCACGGUCAUCAUCUUGGUGCUGUACUUUGUGAUCGACACGUUUGGGGUGCAGGGGCGGCCCUGGCUGGCGGAGUGCACCCCCAUUUACAUCCAGUACUUCGUCAAGUUCUUCAUCAUCGGUGUCACCGUGUUGGUGGUGGCCGUGCCUGAAGGGCUGCCGCUGGCGGUCACCAUCUCCCUGGCAUACUCCGUGAAGAAAAUGAUGAAGGACAACAACCUCGUGAGACACUUGGAUGCGUGUGAGACCAUGGGCAACGCCACCGCCAUCUGCUCAGACAAGACGGGCACGCUGACCAUGAACCGCAUGACCGUGGUGCAAGCCUACGUGGGGGACACCCACUACCGCCAGAUCCCCGACCCCGAAGCCAUCCUGCCCAAGGUCCUGGACCUCAUAGUCAACGGUGUCGCCGUCAACUCAGCCUACACAUCCAAGAUUCUGCCACCCGAGAAGGAAGGGGGGCUACCCCGGCAAGUGGGGAACAAGACCGAGUGUGCCCUGCUGGGUUUCGUGCUGGACCUGAAGCAGGAUUACCAAGCUGUGCGCAACGAGGUGCCGGAGGAGAAGCUCUACAAGGUCUACACCUUCAACUCGGUGCGCAAGUCCAUGAGCACGGUGCUGAAGAACGGCAACGGCGGCUUCCGCAUGUACAGCAAAGGAGCCUCCGAGAUCAUCCUCCGCAAGUGCACCAGGAUCCUGGACAAGAACGGUGACCCCCGGGUGUUCAAGGUGAAGGACCGGGAUGAGAUGGUGAAGAAGGUGAUCGAGCCCAUGGCCUGCCACGGGCUGCGGACCAUCUGCCUGGCUUUCCGGGACUUCCCCGCUGACGCCGAGCCGGACUGGGACAGUGAGAACGAGAUCCUGUCCGACCUGACCUGCAUCGCUGUGGUUGGGAUCGAGGACCCUGUGCGGCCGGAGGUGCCGGAUGCCAUCCUGAAGUGCCAGCGUGCGGGGAUCACCGUCCGGAUGGUGACAGGGGACAACAUCAACACCGCCCGUGCCAUCGCCACCAAGUGUGGCAUCCUGCUGCCGGGGGAGGACUUCUUGUGCCUGGAGGGGAAGGAGUUCAACCGGCUCAUCCGCAACGAGAAGGGAGAGGUGGAACAGGAGCAGCUGGAUAAGAUCUGGCCCAAGCUGCGCGUGCUGGCCCGCUCCUCCCCGACGGAUAAGCACACGCUGGUGAAAGGAAUUAUCGACAGCACUGUUGGUGACCAGAGGCAGGUGGUGGCGGUGACCGGGGAUGGGACCAAUGAUGGCCCAGCUUUGAAGAAAGCCGACGUCGGGUUUGCCAUGGGCAUCGCGGGCACGGACGUGGCGAAGGAGGCUUCGGACAUCAUCCUGACGGACGACAACUUCACCAGCAUCGUCAAGGCGGUGAUGUGGGGCCGCAACGUCUAUGACAGCAUCUCCAAGUUCCUGCAGUUCCAGCUGACCGUGAACGUGGUGGCCGUCAUCGUGGCCUUCACGGGCGCCUGCAUCACGCAGGACUCUCCCCUGAAGGCUGUCCAGAUGCUGUGGGUGAACCUCAUCAUGGACACCUUCGCCUCCUUAGCCCUGGCCACGGAGCCCCCGUCCGAGUCCCUGCUGCUGCGCAAGCCCUACGGCCGCAACAAGCCGCUCAUCUCCCGCACCAUGAUGAAGAACAUCCUGGGGCACGCCGUGUACCAGCUAACCAUCAUUUUCACGCUGCUUUUUGCAGGGGAGAAGUUUUUUGACAUCGACAGUGGCCGAAACGCCCCACUCCACUCCCCGCCCACCGAGCACUACACCAUCGUCUUCAACACCUUUGUCAUGAUGCAGUUGUUCAACGAGAUCAACGCACGCAAGAUCCACGGGGAGAGGAACGUCUUCGAGUCCAUCUACCGCAACCCCAUCUUCUGCACGGUGGUGCUGGGGACAUUCGCAGCCCAGAUCAUCAUCGUGGAGUUUGGUGGGAAGCCGUUCAGCUGCUCUGGGCUCACCCUGAGCCAGUGGUUCUGGUGGAUUUUUAUUGGAGUGGGAGGGCUCCUCGGGGCCAGGCUAAAGAGCUGCUCUCUCCCUGCCUCUCUCUGCACUGUCCCAACCAGCCACCUGAAGUUCCUGAAGGAAGCUGGGCACGGCAUCACCAAGGAGGAGAUCCCAGAGGAGGAGCUGCCUGAAGAUGUGGAUGAGAUCGACCACGCGGAGAUGGAGCUGCGGCGCGGGCAGAUCCUGUGGUUCAGGGGUCUCAACAGGAUACAGACGCAG